AAAAGCAAAAACAAAGGCAAAGGCAAAGCUGAGUUGCCUUUGAUACUGCUGCCAUUCCCUUAGCCUCUCUUGUUUAAUUGUCAGCACAUGCAUUCCACUUUCCCACUACAAAUAAAUCCCCCUUUCAACCCACAAAUUUUUUACCCUCACUUACAAGAAAAGCAUUUAUAAUUACUAUAAUUUCUUCUAUACUCUUCUUCUUCUUCUUCUUCUUCUUCUUCUUCUUCUUCUUCUUCUUUUUCUUCUUCUUCUUGAUCUUCUUCAUAUCCAAAAUCCAAAUACUAUUAUCAAUCAUGAGAACAGGUGGUUGCACAGUUCAACAAGCUCUUACUUGUGAAGCUUUAAAUGUUGUAAAACAAGCUGUUAUUUUAGCUAAACGUCGUGGCCAUGCUCAAGUCACUCCUCUUCAUGUUGCUAGCACUAUGCUUUCUCCUCCUACUGGCCUUCUUCGUACUGCUUGUCUUCAAUCUCAUUCUCAUCCUCUUCAAUGUAAAGCUUUAGAACUUUGUUUUAAUGUCGCUUUAAAUCGUCUUCCUGCUUCUAAUUCUACUCCUCCUAUUUUAACCCCUUCAUCUCAUCACCACCACCAUCAAUCUCAUCCUUCAAUCUCUAAUGCUCUCGUUGCUGCUUUUAAACGUGCUCAAGCUCAUCAACGUCGUGGAUCUAUUGAAAACCAACAACAACCGCUUCUAGCCGUUAAAAUCGAGUUAGAACAACUCAUUAUUUCCAUUUUGGAUGACCCUAGUGUUAGUCGUGUUAUGAGAGAAGCUCGUUUCUCUAGUACACAAGUCAAAACUAAAGUAGAACAAGCUAUUUCUAUUGAACACAAUACGACGCCCGCGAGUAAUAACAACGAUGACAACAGCAACAACAAUACCACUCUUCUGGGUGGUGCCACGACAACGUCUGGUCGAGCGAGGGAGGAGGAUAUUGCAGCAGUGAUUAACGAGUUGGCGGAGAUGAAGAAGAGGAGCUUAGUGGUUGUAGGGGAGUGUGUGGGAAAUGUUGAAUGUGUGGUGGAGGCAGCCAUUGGGAGGGUUGAGAAAAAGGAAGUGCCUGAAUGUUUGAAGGAAGUGAAGUUUAUUAAUCUUUCAAUUUCAUCAUUUCGGGAUAGGUCAAGAAUUGAAGUGGAUGAGAAAGUUAUGGAGUUAAAGAGUUUGAUAAGGAGUAAUUAUUGUAUAGGGAAAGGGGUGAUUUUGUAUGUUGGGGAUAUUAAAUGGAGUAUAGAUUAUAGAGAGAAUUAUUAUUAUCAUUCAAGUAAUCAAAGAAGAGGGUAUUAUUGUCCAGUGGAGCAUAUGAUUAUGGAAUUAGGGAAAUUAGUAUAUGGGAAUUAUGAUCAACAAAUUCAUCAACCAAAAGGAGGAGGAGUUAAUGUUUGGAUAAUGGGAAUUGCAACAUUCCAAACUUAUAUGAGAUGCAAAACUGGAAAUCCAUCUCUUGAAACUUUAUUGGCUAUUCAUCCUCUUACAAUUCCAACAGGCAGCUUCAGGUUGAGUCUCAUCACUGACAGUGACAUUAUUCAAAGCCAGUCCUUGGAAGAGAAAAGGCAAGAGAUUGUGUUAGAAGAGGAAAAGGAGCUGAAUUGUUGUGGUGAAUGUUCAGCAAAGUUUGAGAUAGAAGCAAGAAGCUUACAAAAUUAUUCAAAUAAUAAUAGUGAAUCAACAACCUCUUCAACUCCUUUACCUGCAUGGCUUCAACAAUACAAAAAUGAGCAGAAAGCAGUGGGAGAAAAUGACCAGACGAAGUGUGUCACAGUCAGAGAGCUUUACAAAAAGUGGAACUCCAUAUGCAAUUCAAUCCACAAGAUCAAUUCAAAUAACAACAACAGUAUUUCUUGUUCUGAUAAAAGUUUAUCGUUCUCUUGUAUUCUUCCAAAUUCAUCAUCUUCAGCAUCGGGGUUUUCGUACGAUCAUCAUCAUCAUCAUAAUAAUAAUCACUACGAUUUCUUACGGAACACCCAAAAAGAGAAGCUUCAAGAGGAUCAUCUUGGCCAUUUUUAUGAGGGAAAUGUGGAGCCAAAGACAUUGAUGGUUUUGAGUAGUAAUUAUAACAAUAAUAAUAAUCAUGGUUCAACACCUUCUUCGGGAUCAUCAGGAAGUGAUGUCGUUUUGGAGGGUGAAUAUGUGAGUAGGUUCAAGGAGUUGAACUCUGAAAAUUUCAAGAGGCUUUGCAAUGCUUUGGAGAAGAAGGUGCCAUGGCAGAAGAAUGUGGUUGGUGAUAUUGCAAGUGCAGUUCUUCAAUGUAGGUCUGGGAUGGGUAGGAGAAAAGGGAAGAUGGGCCAUGGAGAUUUCAAGGAAGAAACUUGGUUGCUUUUUCAAGGCAACGACCUAAGAGGAAAAGAGAAGGUGGCAGAAGAGCUAGCUAGAGUAAUAUUUGGGUCAGCAACAUCAAAUUUGGUAUCCAUAACAUUAAGCAGCUUCUCGUCCACAAGAUCCGCAGAUUCAACGGAAGAUAAUUGUAGAAACAAAAGAUCAAGAGAUGAACAAAGUUGCAGCUACUUAGAGCGAUUUGCUGAGGCAGUUUCCAUAAACCCCCAUAGAGUAUUUUUGGUUGAAGAUGUUGAGCAAGCUGAUUAUUCUUCACAAAUGGGUUUCAAAAGAGCAAUAGAAGGAGGAAGAAUCACAAACUCUGAUGGCCAACAAGUUUCUUUGGCUGAUUCCAUUGUUAUUCUUAGCUGUGAAAGCUUCAGUGCAAGAUCAAGAGCUUGCUCUCCUCCUAUAAAAAAACAACAAGAAAAUGAACAAGAACAAGAACAAAAUAAAGGGGAGGAAGAACAAGAACAGAAACGUGAAGAAGAAGAAACGGCCCCUUGUUUGGCUUUGGAUUUGAAUAUUUCCAUUGAUGAUGAUGAAGAUAGAGCUGCAAAUGAUCAAUCAAUUGAUGAUGUUGGCCUUCUUGAUUCAGUUGAUAGACGAAUUAUUUUCCAAAUUCAAGAACUAUGAGAGUAGAAAUAUAUGUAAAAAAGGAAAACAAACGAGUAAAAACGUUUGGUGUAGAUUGUUUUGCUUGUAGUAAUUUUUUCUUUAUAUAUAUAUAUUUUGUUUUUCAUAUAGUUCUUUAA